AUGGGUCGUAUUUGGAUCGCAGAUAUACCUCGCCCAGAGUUAACCAAUGUUGAGAAGAUCGGGCCAUCCAUCAUGAAUGUGGAGCAUUUGUCUUCUUAUAAUUGGAUCGAAUCGUCCAGCCCCACUAUUGCUGUCCCCGGCUGCCCGCCUCUUUGGUCUCCACCCAAAACCCCCAAGAAAGUGCCCAAAGACUCUGGGCUCAGUUACAUUGCUCAAAACGCGUUUCGCCAUCCUGAAAGUUCGCUUGAGCCACUUUUUCGCUCGUUGUACAUUGAAAAUCCUUCAUACAACAUACACCAAGUUGACUUGAUAACUGAUCGAAACAACGUCCGCAAACUUCUGGCGUUCAUCAAUCCAAAUCUCACUAAAAAUGGACUGGAGCCUUUUACCAUUGAUAUUGAGAUCACAAGCAAUACAGCAAUUUUUUGCCGGGCAGAAACGGAAACACAUACAUUCAUUGGGCCACACGAUUUCAGAGGUUACGGUCACGAGUUUGAGAAAGCUUUCACCACAACUCAAGUAUCCGGUAGCACUGGACAUCAUCGGAUUAUCUCCUACAACUUCGGUGGUUUGAAAUUCAUAGUACGCUACGAAACAGACGCAUAUGUUGAUGAAGUUUCAAAACCUCAGUCUCAAAGUGUGGAUUCGGAAAAUGAGAAUUUCCUGAACAUGAUGAAAAACCUGUCUCUAUCGCGACCCGAAAAUCACUCUCGUCUUCCCAUCGAAACCCAAUUAGUGAUUCAGGAAGAAGGAAAACAGGUACCAAUCAAAUCAACUCUUGAGAUCAAAACGCGUGUUUCCCAUAAGCCUAUCAACAUCCAAGAAGUUCUUCCACAGCUAUGGGUAUCGCAAACCCCCAAUCUUGUCCGUGCCUAUCACAAUGGGGGCAUAUUUGGACCGCCGGAAGUCAAAGACGUCACUCAUGAGAUUGCUGAAUGGGAAGAAAACCAUGCUAAUGACCUUUGGAGAUUGGUUGUAUUGGUCAAGGAAAUCAUUAGAGUAGUGAGAGAGAACGAUGGGAAUGCUGUCCUUAAAUAUGACGGUCGAAGUGAUAGCCUUGCGGUUUGGACCAGAGAAGGGAGCAGAAUGUUACCGGAUGAUCUUUAUUUGAAACUCGGUGAUGAGACUGGAUCGACUCAGGCUGUUGAAUCGAAUUCUCGGAAAACAACACUCAAAAUUGGGGAUACUUUCUACAAUGUUGACAUCUCGGCGAUACCAUACUUAUCAUCCUUUGUCAGGUUUCAACGCCUUGCCCAGCCGCAAAAUACGAAAUUCGUCCAUGGCGAUAUUGCUUUGUUUGAUAUUGCUCUCAAGGGCCUGGAAUCAGGCUAUCGGCAAUGUUUCCGCUCUUUACGAGGAGAUAUCCCCCAGUAUCACUCUCUCUGUGAAACAUAUGACUUCCUUGGGGUCGACGUACUUGCCGGACAGUCAAUUGAUAAUAUUUUUGCCGAUUUGAAGGCCUGCAAAACCGAUUACGAACUCGAAAAUAAGCGUUAUCGAGCUGUAAGGGGCGAUAAAUCUCGAGCACGAGACGCGGCAUUUCGACUUUUAUUCCUGAUAAUACGCAGCGAAUUCAGUGAUGAAAAGAAAGAUCCUGCGAAAGUUUACAACGCCGUGUUAUUCGUUGUCUCACAUCCAGGCACCUUCAAACAGGGCACGAGAGUUGCGGUGCGGUCAGUUUUUGAGGAGCGGUUUGUCGUGUCCAGGAAGCAAAGAUGCCAAUUAGAUCGUUGGCACAAGGGAGUUACUAUCAACUCUUCAGGCGACGAGAACACGACCGAGGAUGAAUCUCCUGAGCUAUAUUUUUCUGAUGAGUCUUAA